AGAAAUAGAAAAUAAUCAAAGACAAUAGUUAAGAACUAAAAGAAAACAGGAUUAAUUGUUUAUCUUAAAAUUAAAAAAAAAAAACAAUACAAAAAAUUGUAUAAAAAUGAAAAGUGUUUUUAUUAUCCUUGCUAUAAUUGGAGGCUGCCUUUUGGAUUAUACAUAUUCAAUAAAUAAUAAGAAUUUUUCAAAUGAAUCUCCAAAAUUUGAGAAAAGUGAAACAUCGAAUACCGUUGAUACUGAAUCAUCAUCGUUACCAUCUAAUUUAAUUGAUAAUGGAAUAGGACGUUCUAUAUUUCGUAUUUAUGAGCAAUGUGAUACAAGUGAUGAUAUUAUAAAAUGUUUAAAAGUUCAAGUAACACGACUUAUUGGUCGUGCCUUAAAAGUUCAAAACAUUAAAUUAAUUGAUGGUGUAACAAUUGUUAAAAAGUCAAAUCAAUAUGAUGGAAAUGGUAUUGGUACAAGUGGUUCAAGAAGUUCAUUAGGUGGUUCUGCUAUUGAUUUACAAUUAAAUAAUAAUGAUAUUGCUAAAUUAUCAACAAAAAGUUUAGAUCAAUUAUUGUAUGGACGUAUUGGAAAAUUUUUCGAAACACAUCAAAUUCAAGUUAAUAUACCAUAUCUAUUAAGUUUUGGACGUAAAAAUUCAGAAGAAUUUUUUGAAGGUCGCGGUAAAAAAAAAGAUAAAAAAUAUUUUGCACCAUUUAUUGCUGCUGUUAUAUUAAAAGCAGCUAUACUUAAAAUGGCAUAUCAUUCAAUAGCUGUAAUAGCUGGUAAAGCUUUAAUUGUUGGAAAAAUUGCUUUAAUUAUUAGUGCUAUAAUUGGUUUAAAAAAAUUGGUAUCAAAUGAUCAACAUGAGAAGACAACAUAUGAAAUAGUUAAACAUCCACAUGUACAACAAAGUCAUACAUAUUCAUCAAGUCAUAGUGAUUAUGAAGGUGGACACGAAAGUGGCAGCUCAUAUCAUAGAAGUUUAAAAGAUGAUGAAAUGAUCGCCCAAGAUAAAGCUUAUAGAGCGUAUGUUCCAAGAUCAUAGAUUAUUUUUAUUAAAUAAUAAUAAAAUUGGUGAAGAAUAUGAAAAAAAAAAUAUUUAAAACGUU